AAUCAUAUUUUAGGUUCUAGGGACAAAGCGGUUUCAUUCAGUGCACUUUGUCCACAGGGAACACAAGUUUUUUUUUAAAGCGGGUACAUGAUGAACUGGUGUUUGUAUUGUUUUCUGGUCGUGACAAUGGCCUCUAUUUAUGCGGAUGCUGCAAAAGGAGGUAGAGGAGGAGGCAGGCGUAGAAUUGGGAAUAUUAAUCGAUUUGGACUGCACAAUAUGCCAAAUCUUAGCCGAAAUCCCGCCAGCGAUAAUUACUACGAAAAUAAGGAUGCAGCCAGAAUUAUAAAAUCAUCUCAUUUUGAAUUAGACUACAUGUUGGGAAGAAAAAUUACAUUUUACUGUAUGGCUGUUGGUGUUCCGAGGCCUGAAAUCACUUGGUUUAAAGAUGGUAUCGAAUUGUAUCAUCACAGUUUCUUCCAGGUUCAUGAAUGGCCAAAGGGAAAUGAUACAGUGAAAUCUAAAAUGGAAAUUGAUCCUGCGACGCAAAAGGAUGCAGGGUAUUAUGAAUGCCAGGCUGACAAUCAGUAUGCAGUGGAUCGACGUGGCUUUAAAACCGAUUAUGUUGUGUUCUCUUAUUAACAAUAAGCUUCCAUCGCGAAUUGCACCUACAAUAGGACUUCUCGAAUCGGACCGUAAAUUUUUCGUUUUUGUAUUUCAACUUUAGUAUAAUUAAAAUUUUCAAUUUGUUAUUUUUGUACGACGAUAAAUAAUGUUGAUAAACAUUAAAAUUAUUAUCAUACAUAUGGAUUCUUAAACUUAUAAAUAUUAAAAAUUCGAGGUCCAAUACAAGAGAUUCUACACGCAGAAAACUGGAUGAUCAAACGUAGAUGUUUAACAGUAUAUUGUAUACCCAGGAGGGAAACAGUCUUUUUACUUGAGCGUAAGUUUUCAAUAACAAGGUGUAGAUGAGCGCGAAGCGUCAUUGGUACAUACAAUAUUUUAUUUUCAAAGAGAUAACAGUUUAUCACGUUUGAAAUUUGAGUUACGUUGUCGCGGCCGUAUCGUACGCGGGCGACUGCGAAUGCGUAUGCGCGCGUAUGAUUAUGAGAUUGCCGAUAAAACGACACUGAAAGUGUUUGAGUUGAUUUCGGCUCCGAUACGGCACUCAAAGUGAUUCGACCAUCAUAUAACGUUCCUAUUGCAUCCGUCACGUACCUUCCUGUUAUCAGUGUUGCCGUUUUCAGAAAAAUUGUAUUCAAAAAGUACAUUUUGUGAAAUUUGAGUACCUAAGCAUCACAAUCACAAUUUGAGUACAAUUUAUAUUGUGCUCUUUUUUCAAGUACAUUUGAGUACAAGUGCUAAAUUUGUGUUUUGAAGAGUUUAUUUUUGAAUACGUUUGGAAUCAGCCAGUACCACUGCGAUUAGCCGAUGCCAUUAAGACCUUUCCACAGACCUUUCCACUUCAGAGUUGCGCAGUGGAACUCCGGGACCACAUUCAUACGAGUACGACUUACAGGCAGAUCAGAUAUGAGCAAUGGAAAAUGGAAAAAUUAAAUAUA